AUGUCUUCGAUCAGUACGGAAUCAUCGCCGAGUCUCUCUCUCCUAGAGAAUGGCGGUUGCAGCGGCGGAAGCGACAAGCGUACACCGACGAGAGAGACGUCGGAGAUAUCCAGACGUAACCGGAGAACGGUACAGAAUCUAUCAGCGACGUCGUUGAUAAGGAAGAGAUCGGAUCUGAAGCUGAUUUCGAGAGUACCUUGGGAAUUUCUGAGACAAAUCUUAACGAAUCUUCACCAAGUUCUUCUCGGCACAAAACUGUUUCUUCUCUUCCCCACCGUUAUUUCUGCUGUCGUCGCUCACCGCUAUGAAUGUCCACGUGCGUGGGUCUUUGCGUUGAGCUUGCUUGGAUUGAUACCUUUGGCCGAACGUAUCAGUUUUCUCACAGAGCAAAUUGCUUUUCAUACCGGUCCAACAGUCGGGGGAUUAAUGAACGCGACUUGCGGGAACGCGACGGAGAUGAUAAUAGCGAUUCUAGCGGUUAGACAAAGGAAGAUGAGAAUUGUGAAACUCUCGCUUCUUGGCUCUAUCCUCUCCAAUCUUCUCUUGGUCUUAGGCACUUCUCUCUUCUUUGGUGGUCUCUCCAAUCUCCGCAUACACCAAUCUUUCGACCGAAAACAAGGAGAUAUGAACUGCAUAUUGCUGUAUUUGGCGCUAUUGUGUCAAACACUACCAAUGAUAUUAAGACUCACAACAGAGGCUGGAGGAACAGGAGGAAGAGAUGCUAAUGUUUUAGUUCCAACAAGCGAAGAUGGAUCAAAUGUGGUUCUUCUGUCAAGAGCAAGCAGCUUCGUAAUGCUCUUUGCUUAUUUAGCUUUCCUCAUCUUUCACCUCUUCUCUUCUCGUCUCUCUCCUCCUCCUCCUCCUCUUCCUCAGAUGGACGUAGAAGAAGAAGAGGAUGUGUAUGACGAUGACGUUGGUGUCAAGGCAGAAGAAGAAGAAGCCGUAAUUGGACUGUGGAGUGCGGUUUUCUGGCUUAUUAUAAUGACACUCCUCGUUGCUUUACUCUCCGACUACCUUGUCUCCACUAUCCAGGACGCAGCAGACUCGUGGGGAUUAUCAGUGGGAUUCAUAGGAAUCAUAUUGUUACCAAUUGUUGGUAAUGCAGCUGAGCAUGCUGGUGCUGUCAUCUUCGCCUUCCGUAACAAACUCGAUAUAACUCUGGGAAUCGCUCUUGGGUCUGCAACACAAAUUGCUUUGUUCGUGGUACCAGUGACAGUGUUAGUGGCAUGGACAAUGGGAAUAGAAAUGGAUCUUAACUUCAACCUCCUCGAGACGGCUUGUCUUGCUUUGUCCAUCCUCGUCACCUCCUUCACACUGCAGGAUGGGAGUUCGAACUAUAUGAAAGGCUUGGUUCUUCUCUUGUGCUAUGUUGUCGUUGCUGCCUGCUUCUUUGUCUCUAGUUCACCCUCAACCGACCAAUCAAAUACACCUAGUCAUACAUUAACGAAAAGGUAA